CGCGGGGCACCUGGAGCGUGACUCGGCCUGGCCAGCAGGGGGCCCGCGAGAGCUACGGAGGCCGGGUCUUCCCGGCCCCUGGGGCGGGGGCAGUGGACCCCAGAGAACAGGGGCCGGGAGGGGCCGCGGGCAGAGGGGCGAGACCCACCCGGCCCUGCUCAGCUGCCCGGCCCCGUCCCCGCAGGCCGCCUGCUCCCGCCGCCCAGCCAUGAGUCUCCGCGGGAACGGCCCCCUCCGUGCGGGCAGCGCCGAGCCCCUGGCCGCGGUGGUCAUCGGCAACGGCCCCUCGGGCAUCUGCCUGUCCUACCUGCUCUCGGGCUACGCCCCCUACGUGGAGCCGGACGCCGCCCACCCGCACCCCCUUCUGCAGAGGAAGCUGGCCGAGGCCCCGGGGGUCUCCAUCCUGGACCAGGACCUGGCCUACCUGUCCGAGGGCCUGGAGGGCCGCUGCCAGAGCCCCGUGGCCCUGCUCUUCGACGCCCUCCUGUGGCCCGACACGGACGCUGGGGGGGACCUGGACUCCGUGCUCACCUGGAGGCGGCAGCCGGAGCGGGCCGUGCCCCACGUGGUCCUGGGCCGGGGCCUGCCGGGGGGCGCCUGGCACUCCAUCGAGGGCUCCAUGGUGACCCUGAGCCAGGGGCAGUGGAUGGGGCUCCCGGACCUGCACGUCAGGGACUGGCUGGGCCGCAGACGCAGGGGGCUGCGGAACAGCCGCGCCACGGCGGGCGACAUCGCGCGCUACUACACGGACUACGUGGCCAAGAAGGGCCUGGGCCCCAACUUCGUGUCGGGCGCCGUGGUCACGGCCGUGGAGUGGGGCCCGCCUGAGCCCGGGGCGCGCGAGGACGCCGGGACCCCCUUCCGGGUGCGCGGCUUCCUGACGGCCGCCGGCCGCCGCGAGCCCUUCUCCCUGCGCGCCCGGAACGUGGUGCUGGCCACGGGCACGGCGGACAGCCCGGCCCGCCUGGGCAUCCCCGGGGAGGCGCUGCCCUUCGUGCACCACCGGCUGGGCGCGCUGGAGGCCGCGUGGCGCGCGGGCGCCGUGGGCCCCGGCUCGGACCCGGUGCUGGUGGUGGGCGCGGGGCUGUCGGCCGCCGACGCGGUGCUCUUCGCGCGCCACGCCGACAUCCCGGUGCUGCACGCCUUCCGCCGGCGCGUGGACGACCCCGGCCUGGUCUUCAACCAGCUGCCCCCGGGGCUGUACCCCGAGUACCACAAGGUGCACCAGAUGAUGCGGGAGCAGCCCGCGGGCUCCCCCGGGCCCUACCCCGGCUACCGCAGCCUCCCCGAGCACCGGCUCGUGUGCUGCCGCGACGACCGCCAGGUGCUGUUCCAGGGCCCGCGCGGGCCGCGCAAGGGCUUUGCGGUGUCGCUGGUGCUGGUGCUCAUCGGCUCGCGCCCCGACCUGUCCUUCCUGCCGGGCGCGGGCGCCGACCUGGCCGCGGACCCCCGGCAGCCCCUGAGCGCCAAGAGGAACCCCAUCGACGUGGACCCCUUCACCUACCAGAGCACGCGCCGCGAGGGCCUGUACGCGCUGGGGCCGCUGGCCGGGGACAACUUCGUGCGCUUCGUGCAGGGCGGCGCGCUGGCCGCGGCCAGCUCCCUGCUGAGGAAGGAGGCCCCGCGGCCGCCCUAGCCGGGCGGGGGGCGCCGACCGCGGCCGGGGGGCGCAGACCGGGCCGGGGGGCGCAGACCACGGCCGGAGGGCACUGACCGCGGCCGGAGGGCGCAGACCGGGCCGGGGGGCGCCGACCGCAGCCGGAGGGCACCGACCGCGGCCGGAGGGCGCCGACCACGGCCGGAGGGCGCGGACCACGGCGGGAGCGCGCAGACCACGACCCGAGGGCGCAGACCACGACCCGAGGCGCCCACCCUGGCCGGGGGCGCAGACGGGGCCGGCACAGCAGCGGGAGCGCGGGGACGCGGG